AAUUGCGGGGGCGAAUGUCAAAUUCGUAGCCCAACAAAAAUAAAUAUCUACGACCUUUUUUCUGACGCCGUCUCUCCAAUUUGGAUGAUUCUUUGCUUUGUGUGAUAAAUCAGAUAACCUGAUUUGGAUAAAGGAAUUGCGGAAUUCCCUUUUCCAUUUUCAAAUCAGGUGAGUUCAUCGCAAGAUAACUCAGAUUUUGUUAGAUUCUAAAAAUAAUACAAGUUCAAGUUAUUUCAUUUUUGAAUCUGGCUUGAUGGAAAUUCGGGGAGAUGAUGAGGCUAGUAUUAGUGUUGGUGGAGAUAAAUCUCCUUUGGAUAAUGUAGAGGUAGAAGGUGGGGAAGCAUCAUCGGUUUUGAGGUCGACCCUUUUCUUGGAUAAUGUUGGGGAAGUUGUUCUAACUCUCGAUUCUGAUGGUUUGUCUUGGGAAUUGCUUGAUUCCUUCGAAACUGAUGAAUCAAUUUGUUUGGGAAUUAAAUUUGUUCCCAAAGUUGCAACAGAGAUCAAAUUUUUUGAUGUGUAUGGUGUGGAGUUUGUUAAAUAUGGUUUCAACCAUGGAUCAAAUCACCCUAAUGCUGGGAAGUAUUUUUUGAGUCGCAAGUCUUACGACUCUGAGAUGUAUCGCUUUUCAGUGCAUGGUGUUCAAAAGUCUCAGACUCAGCCUUGUCUGUGGGUCCUGACCACAUACACUUUUGGUCACAAGGAUUUGCGGACAUGUCAGUUAUGGGUUAAUCGAAUUAAUGCUUCACUGAAAAUAGAAGUUGAGAGACCAAAGAAUCUUCUGGUUUUCGUUAAUCCAAGGAGUGGGAAAGCAAAUGGCUGUAGGACUUGGGAAACUGUGGCUCCCAUUUUCUCACGCGCUGAUGUAGAAGCAAAGGUUGUUGUAACUGAGAGGGCGGGACAUGCAUUUGAUGUGAUGGCAUCUCUUGCCAACAAGGAACUCAAUUCAUAUGAUGGUGUCAUAGCUGUCGGCGGUGAUGGCUUCUUCAAUGAAAUCCUUAAUGGGUUUCUUCUUCCUAGGUAUAGAGCUCCUCACCCUCCAUCUCCUUCAGAUUUCAUUCAUUCUGAUGGAAGCAAGGGCAGUGCUUUAGUUCCCAAGUCAAAUGAGACGGUUCCAGAAACUGCUCACAAAAACGAAGAUAAUUCUCCUCUUAUUUCAAGUUCUAUAUGUAACGGUUCUGGAUUAGGAGAUUUCAGAACAGAAGAUGGUCCUUCCUUCACAGAUCAAGAUCUAGAGUUCCCUCGACUCAAAGAACGGUUUAGAUUUGGAAUUAUUCCUGCUGGUUCAACUGAUGCCAUUGUGAUGUGUACAACUGGAAUACGAGAUCCCAUAACAUCUGCAUUGCACAUUGUCUUGGGUAAAAGGGUGUACCUUGAUAUAGCUCAAGUUGUGAGAUGGAAAACGUCGUCCACAUCAAAUGUUGAACCAUGCGUACGCUAUGCAGCUUCUUUUGCUGGGUAUGGAUUUUAUGGAGAUGUUAUUACGGAGAGUGAAAAAUACCGUUGGAUGGGCCCUAAACGUUAUGAUUAUGCUGGAACAAAGGUGUUUUUGAGACACAGGUCAUAUGAGGCAGAAGUAGCAUACAUGGAAACUGAACCAGAAAAAACAAAUUCAGCUGCUGGGAAAGGUCAUCCACUUAGCAGAAUGAGAGCAGUAUGGGGUCCUGAAAAAUCAGAAAGAGCAAUUUGUCGCAUGAACUGUGGUGUCUGUAAAACGAAGCCUGUUUACAUGUCCACAAGAAGUCCCCGUGCAACACCCUAUUCGCGCCCAGAAGAAACUAGAUGGCGGAGAUGCAGAGGACAUUUUCUUAGUGUUGGUGCUGCUGUAAUUUCUAACAGAAAUGAAAGAGCACCUGAUGGCUUGGUGGCUGAUGCUCACCUUUCUGAUGGUUUCCUGCAUCUUCUGUUGAUUAGAGAUUGUCCUCGUGCUUUGUAUUUAUGGCACCUUACCCAGCUUGCAAAGAGAGGUGGAAAACCCCUGAAUUUUGAGUUUGUAGAACACCAUAAGACCCCAGCUUUUACAUUUACUUCGUUUGGCAAUGAGAGCGUCUGGAAUUUGGAUGGCGAGCUCUUUCCAGCACACCAACUCUCAGCACAAGUAUUUCAAGGGCUUAUUAGCUUAUUUGCUUCUGGUCCUGAAGUUUAGUAGUACUGUCCAUCAGAUGGAUUUCUUUAUGUAAUCAAGCUGUUCAAUGACUAAGUCUUUUAUCAAUCACAGAUCAGUUUAAUGAUAUCUGGAGAGCUAUACAGGCGGCUUUAGUUCCAGAGGUUGUGAAUUUUAAGUCACUGUAUACUAUUUUGGAGAAAGAUCAAAGAUUAGUUGUAGGAUUAGGGAUGAUUUAACGUUCCAUCUUAUGUAUACGGUAGAACCGAGAGCAAAAGGAGAAAAAACAACAAAAUGUUCUGUAAGCACAUAGUUUUAUUGUCAACAUUAUUGAGUAAAGGUUACUUUUUCCCUUUUAUUA